AUGGCCCCUCUUACCUUGGCCCUUGCGACUUUUGCUUCGCUUGGCCUUGCGGGCCCUUCCGGAGAGGCAUGCGGCGUGUGCGCUGCGCAGCUCGCGCAGGAGAAGGCGGUCUCGGCGCGGCUUCGCACGGAUUUGGCCGUGGUCAGAGCCGAGCUCUCUGUGCUUCGCACGGGGGAGGCGAGCAGCGGUAGGAGUGGCAGCUUGAGCCACAGUUAUACUGGUGUCGGGGGGGAGGAGGUCGUGGAGUUCGAUGGUGAGCUACAGGCCAGGGUCGAGGCAUUGGAGAGAAAGAUGUCCGCUCUCUACGAGGAGCAAGGCCAUCUCCUGCUCAAGCUGCGGAAGUUCGAAGACUUCAGUCUGCGUACCUUGGAGGGCCUGUCGACGGGUUCUGCGAUACUUCCCGCCGACAUCGAGCUGAUCCUGUUGCUUUGUGACGUCGUUCGGCCCAGGCGAAUCUUCGGGGUCGGAAAUGCGUUCGGGUACAGCAGCCUCACUCUCAGCUACGCUUGUGGGAAUGCUCCCGUUGAUGUCAUUGAUGCGGAGCAGGAAGGUGGGGGCAACCACAUCGGGACGAAGCUCACGCGCCACAUUGCGUCCGAAGCGGGCCGCGACAUUCAGGUGACGGUUGGGUUCUCGCCAGCCGACACCGCCCGGGCUCUGCGGGGCACGAACGGCACCUACGACCUCGUGCUCAUCGACGGUUGUCACGCCCCACGGCAUCCGCUGGCAGAUUUUCUUGGCAUUCGCAGUGCGAUGUCCUCAAGGGCCGUCGCGAUAUUUCAUGACGUGGGCCUUUAUCGGCUGUGGCCGGAUAUUUUCAAGGUGUUGCGCGUUCAGCGUUCUGCAGAAUACCGCACCUACAUGGGUCGCUCCUUCCCGAACGAGAUGGGCACCGGCUUUGCAUAUUGGGGCUUCCCUGCGGGCACAUUUGAUCGCUUUGGGCCGCUUGUGGAAUUCGAGGUCGGACGCAAGCAUUUACAUGAGGGCUUCAGGUGA